AUGGAUGGGAUGUUGGAUAAGAAGGCGAUUCUGACCCAGGACCCCCCACCACCGGAGACAGGGACUGUAACGGUGCAGCAGAGGGGUGAAAAGCAGUCCCCGGCUCCCCCACCCGCUCUGAGCCCGGUCCCCCCUGACGGUCGUGGGGCGGAUGCACUAUCGAAGGGCGUCUCAGGAGACCCACGCAGAUUCUCCACGUCGGAGAGGGAUGUGGAUUGUCCCAGCCGGAGAUCUCUGCCUGGGGAAGAGGUUCGUCCCAGCGAGGAGACAUCGCUAAUUCUCCCGCCCCUGACCACUGAGAAAGCAGGGAGAGACUCCACACCCCCGCCCUCGGGGGGCCCUGCGGUCACCCGCUGCCCUGAGCGCUGGAGGGACAAGCAGCGUCUGGGCUCCACCGCGUCUGUCUGCAGCCACCAGAGCUGUAAAUCCACCGCCUCGCACAUCCAGGAGGUGGCUGGGGAUGACCGCUGCGCUCACUGUGCCCUGGCCUGCCUGUUCUGCGAGUUCCUGGCGCUCUGCUCCCUGGCGCUGGAUGGCCUGGGCUGCGGGGCGCUGUGCCUGGCGGGGGGCUGCUGCGCCAGGGGGGACCCCCCGGGUCAGGGCUGCGGGGGAGGCAGCUGCCCCUGUGGAGGGGGGUGCGGACUCCUCCAGGACUGCUGCGACUCCGCGGACUGCCUGGAAAUCUGCCUGGAGUGCUGCUCCAUCUGCUUCCCCGGCUGACCCAGGGGCUGGAGCUCACCCCCCACCCCAGCCCCUCACAAUCCCACCCCAUUCCUGGCUCUCUACGGGCUGAGCCCCGCCCCAUCCAACCCAGCCGGUGAUGUCAUUGGAUGGACUGAGCCACGCCCCAUGCAGCGUGAUGUCACCCAGUGGUCCAAGCCACACCUCCACUUAUGAUGUCAUCUAACAGGACGAGAGCCAUUGGAUGCUCACCGGGGACGUCCUCACAAUGCAAGAAGCCCCACCCAUCUUACUGGGGCCUCAUCAGAGGUGGUAAGCCACACCCCCAUUGGUGGUGAUGUCCCUGGGUGAUAAAGCCACACCCCCUUGGUGGUGACAUCACUGAGUGGAACAAACCACACCCUAUUGGUGACAUCACUGUGUGGAACAAGUCACACCCUAUCUACUGUGAUGUCAUCAAAGGUGUCUAGGCAGAGUGACACCAUCAAAUAGCCCCAGCAAGGGGCGGGUCCUGCAGGAAGCCACGCCUCAUUAAUUGUGACAUCACAUGCACCAAGCCACACCUCUAUGCAGUGAUGUCAUUGAAUGUGUGGGUGUGGCUGCCAGAGCUCCGCUUCCUCUGCUGUGAUGUCAUCAAAUGGACUCAGAUGUCCCCAGCUCUGCCGGUGCCCCACACUCCCGACCUGCAGCCCCUGCUAGCCCAGCCCUGGGCUCCCCCCCAGCUCUGCCGGUGCCCCACACUCCUGACCCGCAGCCCCUGCUAGCCCAGCCCUGGGCUCCCCCCCCAGCUCUGCCGGUGCCCCACACUCCUGACCCGCAGCCCCUGCUAGCCCAGCCCUGGGCUCCCCUUCCCCACUUCACUUAUGAGCCGGCUAAAGGUGGGUGCCGUGUCUCCCAGGAGGAGGGUAAUCGGGGCUGGGUUGGGGCGGACUCCCUCCAGAGAGCUGGAGUCCCGGUUCUACCCUUCUCACCCCCACGGAGACGGGAGGACGCCGUGGCCCCCAAAACCAGCCCCUCCCCCGGCCUCAAAGAGCAGCAGGCAAAGGGGGAGCCGCCCCCAUGUUCGUUCUCUUUUAAAUAAAUCGCAUGAGCUCUU